UCAGGGGAGGUGUUGGGAAGGGGGGCUCAACACUGCCGAAAUCUGUGGUAUAAUUUGAUGUGCUUGGAUUGCAGAAACACUUCCGGGAAAGCCCAGCAUGGAAGCUUUCUGGUGGCUGUUAAACUGGAGAAAGGAGAGGCACCGCGGCCUGCUGGCGAGAAGCCCCACAGUGAAGAGGAGCCGGUGAAGAAGCGGGGCUGGCCAAAGGGCAAGAAGAGGAAGAAGGUUCUCCCCAAUGGGCCCAAGGCUCCGGUGACGGGCUACGUCCGCUUCCUGAAUGAACGUCGGGAGCAAAUCCGAAUGCAGCACCCGGAUCUGCCCUUUCCAGAGAUUACAAAGAUGCUUGGGGCCGAGUGGAGCAAACUGCAAAUCACGGAGAAACAGAGAUACCUGGACGAGGCAGAGCGGGAGAAGCAGCAGUACAUAAAAGAGCUGAGGGAAUACCAGCAGUCUGAGGCCUACAAGAUGUGCGCAGAGAAGAUGCAGGAGAAGAAGAUCAAGAAAGAGGAUGCAGCACUGGGAGCUGUCAACACCCUGCUGAAUGGGUACAAGGUUGGAGAGGGUGGUAGUGACGGUUUCUCGACGUUUGACACCCCCAUAUUCACAGAGGAAUUCUUGGAUCAGAAUAAAGGUGGAGGCUCAGAGGCCAUCCGUGUUCACCUGAUUUGGGGGGCAGCAGAACUGGGCCCUAAAUUCAGCCAUGUUUUUUGUCUCCUUCUCCCCGCCCCGCCGAGGAGUAGCCGGGAACUCCGGCGCCUGCGGAAGAUGAACACCGAGUUUGAGGAGCAGAACACCAUUUUGCAGAAGCACACAGAGAGCAUGAGCUCCGCCAAGGAACGGCUGGAGCAGGAGCUGGCCAUGGAGGAGAGGCAGACGAUGGCCCUGCAGCAGCAGCUCCAGGCCGUGCGCCAAGCUUUGACGGCCAGCUUUGCCAGUUUACCCAUCCCAGGCACGGGAGAAACCCCUACGCUGGGCACUCUGGAUUUCUACAUGGCUAAGUUGCAUAGUGCCAUCGAGAGCAACCCAGCGCAACACGAGAGGCUGGUGGUCCGCGUGAAAGAGAUCUUGUCCCGUAUUGCCAGGUGAGCGAGGGGCCUGUCCUCAAAGGGGAGAAGGGCUUUUGCAAGAUAGGCCUCAUACUGGGUGAGUUGGUUGUCCCCGUUGCAGUUAUGGCAGGGGGCUGCAACCUGUGGCCCUCCAGAUGUUCACGGACUACAAUUCCCAUCAGCCCCUGCCAGCAUGGCCAAUUGGGAGAAUGACAGGGUAUAAAUGAGGCAAAUAAAGAAAUCUUUUGAGUGGCCGUGAAGGGAAAGGACUCUGCUUGGCAGGUAGAGUAUCUGCCAGGCUUGCAGAAGGUCCUACGUUGAGUCACCAGGAUCUUGCGUGAAAAGGAUCAGGUAG